UGUGUGUGUGUGUGUGUGUGUGUGUGUGUGUGUGUGUGUGUUUGUGUGUAAAACGGUGUGGACAGGUGCAUCCCCUUUAUGCAUUGCAUUUGUUUGUCCGCAUGUUUUGUUGGUUUGUGGUUUGCAUUCCUGAGGGAUUAUAAUGAUUCAUUGUCAAUAAUGGAGGAGAGUUGUACAGUUGCGAGGGGCUGAGAGGUUUACGAGGGUUAUAAGCACAGCUGCAUCCUGCGUGUAGACAAAUGAGUCUCAAACAAACGUCUGAGGAAUGAAAACUCUUUGGCUAGAGUGUGAGGAGUGCAGGGAAACUUUAAAACAUCCGUUUAUGGGUUUUCAGUAGUUAGCCUCAGUGCCGAAAUGUUUGAAGUUUUAUUUUACUAUAAUAUAAAUAGAUAUCUUUGAGUUUUGGAGUGUCAGUAAACAAAACAAACAAUGUGAUGACGUCCCCUUGAUCAGUGUGUAAGUAUAAUAUGCAUUUUAAACUAUGUACCGAUAUUUUAUGGACUAAAUGAUUAAUUGGAAACACAAUGAACUGAUUAAUCGAUUAUGGAAAAUAAUCCUAGUUUACGUCGGACAUAGAAUAGCAACUCCGAGACCUACUUUUUGUUGUUGAUGCACCCUAAAUUAGUGCAAACAACCAUUCUAUAGUUAGUAAUCAACAUAUAGGACAGGGAUCUAUUACAAAGUCUCAGUCCACAUUAUAAAAGCGCCCAGACAGACACACACACAAACACACACAUACACAUAUACAAAUGGUGUUAUCCCAUGUUUCCUUCUUUUUCCCAGUGUCCAAGUAUUCUCCCCUGGGAGUAUGAUCAUGUAUAACACAUUUCCCCUCAUGAUCUGGCCUGUUAAGAUUAAAUAUGUAGCCAUAUCAUCAAACAUUUAACACUCACGCUGCUACAAAUCAGAUUCCUAAUCGUGUGUGGACUUUGGGGAUGGGGACUCACGUGCAUGUCUUGAUCCUAAGUUGAUGUGAGUGUGCUGAUUGCAUGCUAGAUUAAUUCAUAUAAGUUGCGGAGACUUGUUGGCAGAUGGGCAUGUCUGCUUUCCGGAGGGUUAAUUGUUAAAUCAGUGUCAGGGAAAUAAUGUUUUCAUAGCCACUUAACGGUGUUGGUGGGUACGCGCGCGUCUAUCUGUGUCUAUUUCUGUGCAUGGCGUAGGCUGGGAAGCCUCCUCGGCACUGGGUAAAGUGGGUUAAGUUUACUGGGGCAGAAAAUGCAGGAGCGUGACUCAAUCCAGUGCCUUCGUACAACCAGUCUCUAAAAUAUGCCUCUGUCGCAUUCUGUCUGCUCAGUGCCUCUCAGCAACACACGCACUCUGUGGUGAGAGGCUUGUAUGUAGGACAAGAAGGACAGAUGCAAAGGCUGCGAGUUACCAAGUCCGAAAAGGUGGAAGGUGUGUGCGUUUGUUAUAUGAACAUUGUAACAGAUAUUCUAUUCAUUUUCUACUCAGAUAUUUCAAAGAACGUUUACUCUGGUUAGUCUGAGUACGAAUGAGUCUGACUCAAAUCCAAGGUGACUUUCACUGUGGCAAGAAUGACAUAAGAUAGGAAACAGUGCACCUGCCUCUCGCCUCUUAGGUCUUUCUAGAAAUCACCCACACACACUUCCAUUCACACACACACACACGCCUGCGCCAAGAGAGAUGCACAAAUAGAGAGCCAUUCACUGUAAUGUGAAAUGACAGAUUUGGGGUGCCGAGUGACACAGCAAAAUUCAGAUUACUAACAGUGCAGCAGAGAAUGACUGAGCAGAAUCUCUUUCAUUGCACUUGGUAUCCGUCGUCACUCGAGGCUGACAAAAAAAGGUAUGAAUAGAGAUGAAAAAACAGGAAUAGACAGAACAACUGAGAGCAAAAGAUAAAAAUACUGAGAGACAGAAACAGACCAACAUUAAAUAAAGAUAUUUUGAUACUAAUAACGCAUACAGGCUGGUAGACAGAACAAAUCAACAGAAGGAGGAAUAAUAAACUCACAGUUUGACAUACAUUUAGUCAAUAAAACCAUUUAAGGUCAUUUGGCCAGACGUGUGAGGUGCAGCAUGUUGCAUUCUCUGCAGACUUGCAGACUUUAACACCUACUCUGUGCAGUGUAUAAGACUUGCAGUAACACCUUUAGACAGUUAGCUGCAAACAGGUGCUUAAGAGGCUUUAUCAACAUGUCUGGCAUAGAUACUAUUUUUGAGUGUGUGAGUGUGUGUGCGCAAACCUCAAACCACUUGGAAGGUUGCCCAGAGUUUGAUUAGCACAUAUCCCUAUUUUCCAGGCCAGGUGGCCAUCACAACCAAUGAGGCUCACACAGACACACACACACACACACACUCUGCACUCUUGUUCUAAACAGGAAAUAAAGACCAAAACUGUCCUCGGAGGUUUUUUACUGUCGAUCAGAAUCAGAAAGGCUCGUUAAGGCCAGUUUUGCGAUGCACAGUCUGAGAUGCUGCUGUAGCCACCACUCUGGUGUUCUUGCUGCUUACUGGAUUACUGGGACAGUCAACUUCCACGAGGAAACUGGUGGCGAAGACAGAUGGAAAAACUCCUCAGACUUAAACUGCAUCAGCGCGAUUCACCUUAAGGUACUGUAACAUGUAGUGAAGUGGAUUUUGAGCUAACACUAGUUUGUGCAGUGGGUAAUUAUUUGUUGAAUUCAUGACCAUUUCAUUAUGCUUUUAUGUGUAUGUAUAGAUAUAUGAUAAUGUUCACAUGUUCAUAGUGGAUUCUUGGAAGUCACAUAUGUGUUUGUGCGUUUGUAAGCACAUGUGAAUGGUCCAUACAUAUAUGUGUGUUGGAACACAAUGUGUUGUUUGCUUCUGCGUGUUGUGCAAAGAGGUGAGGUGAUAUCCAGCUCUCUCUGUGAUGAUGACUGUUGUAAACAUUGCACCAACGAUUCAUUCCACCACCUCCACUGGAUUCUACACAGAAAUCUGGGUUUUAACCCUAUGCGUGCCGGGGAGUCACACUGGGACAUGCUGUCGCGUGUCGCCUCUCUGCUGGGGGCUAAGCUCCUCACUAAUGACAAAUACUGAUCCAGAUAGGCUACCUGCCGCUCUCGACACUCUGUACUGCAUUCAGACUCCACGUGCCACCUGCUUCACAGUCUUAGUGGCAAUAUACUGUCCUUCACCAUGCCGGAGGGUAUUUAUAAUGCAUGAGCGGCAUGCAGAUGAGAAUUAGAGGGAUAUUUCUGAGUUAUUAAUGGCGGGGUGUUACACAUUCACAGCAGGCAGCAUUAGGAGCAACUUCAGGAAGACAGGGAGCCCUCUUGAGGGCAACAAAAGACUGAUGGAUCUGUGCACUCUAUCUGACGUGUGUUAUGGUGAAUGUGUGCAUAUGUGUGUGUGUGUGUGUGUGUGUGUGUGCACAGAAUCACGGCUGUGCAAUAGACUCGGUCACACCCCAGUGCUCCUGACCACAGGCUUGAUGUGAGGACUGAUGAGUGGCUGAUCCAGCCGACCUCACACCCAAGAGAGGUCAGAGAGGGCAAAGGUCAUUGGCACUCUGGUCUGUAUGGUUUAGGAAGAGGGCAGGAGUAGGACGGGAGGGAUAGAUAAUAUUGGGAGGGAUGUGUCUGAGACCCAGUGGGGCUGCGAGAGAGAGAGAGAGAGAGAGAGAGAUGAAGCAAGAAGAGAGAAGUAGCAGGUGGAAAUAGGUUUAAUGUGAGACAUAGAGUGAAAGGACAGAAAGGAGGAGGUGUGACCAUCAGAGUCCUUUCCUUUCUCUGCACUGUCAUCACAAAGCUCUGGCAUAAAUAUUUUAAAAAACAAACUCAAGAGCCAGCGUCUUAUAUCACUAACACAGUAGAAAUCUGAUCACUAACCAGUUGUGUGGUCUGGUUUCCUGCAGUAACCCGAUUUCCCCCAGUAACUUGGCUACUUUGGUGACUGUAAAUGUAGUUUGCCUCCUCCUUACAGCUCAUUGUUGUCUUCAGUCAUAUCCUGUUUGUUGGCUCUGCCCAGUUAAACUCACUUUCCCCCUUACUCCUCAUGUCUGACUCCCUCUGUUUCUUCCUUUCUGGUUGACAGAGAGAGAAUGGGGAGUACAUUCCUCUGGUGUUUGCCAGAAAAACAAAAACAACCCCUCUCCAUGGAGCGUCACACUAACAUCCUUCGUCCCACUGCUUCCCUUCUUUUCUUCUACUUCUCUUCCUCCCUCAGUGAAUCAUUGCCCCUCUGCUAUGCACCCGUAUCUUCCCUCCCCCCGCCCCCUCUCCUUCCCAAUCAGCCCUUUACCCCACAUGCCCUGUCCUCUGCAACCCCCAUCCACCCCUCCCCGUCACUGUUACAUAAGCUUCCAGUCAUAGAUCCAGGCCAUAUCGCUGUUGUUUUCGUCCCGUGUGUCUAUUGGAGCCUUAGCAUCCAGGGCCAGUGCUUAAUGAGGCCCCUACAAAGGCCCAUUGAUGAGAGGCCCAGUGUGAGAGAGGAUGACCCCAGCCAAGAGCACCCAGAACUGGGCAUCAGAUGCCCCAGGCCCUCCCUCCACACAAAGACGUCCACUGUGGACAGAGACCUGAAAGGGCACAGAGAGAAACAGGGACACAGAGAGGGAAAGUGGAAAAAAAGAGGGAGGAGAUGUCCAACUCAAAAAAUGUGAGAAAAAAGAUAUUUAAAAAAAAAAUUAAACAGAUGUAUGACUUCAUCACUUAGUCGCUUCUUUGACCAUGAGCUUCCUCUUCCUCUUCCUCCUCCUCAGUGCAUCAGAAGACAGUGAGACGCACCCUCUGCCCUCUCUCUGCCAGGGAGUUGUCAGAGUCUUUAUCUCACCCGUGGAUCAUAACUGGGAUCUGAACAGAUGGGACUACAAGGCUCUAGUCUGUCACAAAUCCUCAUCAGUAUAGCCAUUGGUUGCUCAAAGGAGCGCUCAACGCACUUUGAGGGGAACCCCUGCUCUUUUUGGAAACAUUUGGAUCACUAACGGGAAUCCAGACGGUUUUAGGAGCCAAGUCUGGUGGAGAUAGUCUUGUUCAUUAAUCUGAUUUGGGCUACAACCGGGCGUUUGGGAAGCUGUCUCGAAUUGGGAAUGAGAGCAGAAUGUGGACAAAUUAGGCUGGACUGUUAGAAGCUGUCGUGGUAUGAACAUUUGGAGAAUUGGGAUGUCGCUUGACUGGCAUGGCUUAACUACCUCGUUUAAGUCAUCUGUCAGUAUCCCACGAUUACACCUAAUAACAGAGAGAAAGAGAAAAGGCUGUGCAGCCAGACUGUGGGAGUCUUCCUUUUGUUGAAACAUCUCUUUAUUAUUUUGGGUGGUGUUUUUGGGGAUCGGCUGAAGGAUGACUCUGGCAGCACGACUGGAGGACUUAGAGGUGACCCUGGAGCACAUGCUUAUGGAUGUCUUUAUGACGGAGGGGAGGCGAUGUCAGGUCCAUCUCCUGGACGACAGGAAGCUGGAGCUCCUUGUUCAGCCCAAGCUGAUGGCUAAGGACUUGCUGGACCUUGUGUCCUCUCACUUCAACCUCAAGGAGAAGGAGUACUUUGGAAUUGCAUACACAGACGAAACGGGCCAUUUUAGUUGGCUUCAGUUGGACCGCAGGGUAUUAGAACAUGAGUUCCCCAAGAAGUCCGGUCCCAUUGUCCUCUACUUCUGUGUCAGGUUCUACAUAGAGAGUAUAUCUUACCUGAAGGACAAUGCCACUAUUGAGCUGUUUUUCCUUAAUGCCAAAUCCAUCAUCUACAAGGAGCUUAUUGAAGUGGACAGCGAUAUUGUCUUCGAAGUGGCUGCCUUUAUUCUACAAGAGGCUAAAGGAGAUUUCACCAGUAAUGAUGUAACCAGGUCUGACCUGAAAAAGCUGCCUGCUCUGCCCACCCAGGCCCUGAAGGAGCACCCAUCUCUGGCUUACUGUGAAGACCGGGUCAUAGAGCAUUACAAGAAGAUCAACGGGCAGUCCAGAGGGCAAGCUAUUGUAAAUUAUAUGAGCAUUGUAGAGUCUCUACCCACAUAUGGAGUACAUUACUAUGGUGUUAAGGACAAGCAGGGGAUCCCAUGGUGGCUGGGUCUGAGCUACAAAGGCAUCUUUCAGUAUGACCACCAGGACAAAGUCAAACCCAGGAAGGUGUUCCAAUGGCGUCAGUUGGAGAACCUCUACUUCAGAGAGAAGAAGUUCUCAGUGGAAGUUCAUGACCCAAGAAGUAGGGCGUCGGUGACAAGAAGGACGUUCGGUCACAGCGGCAUCGCGGUGCAUACGUGGUACGCCUGUCCUGCCCUCAUCAAGUCCAUCUGGGCCAUGGCCAUCAGCCAACACCAGUUCUACCUGGACCGCAAGCAGAGCAAGUCUAAGAUCCAUGCAGCGCGGAGUUUGAAUGAGAUCGCUAUCGACCUCACGGAAACAGGGACUCUGAAGACCUCCAAACUAGCAAACAUGGGAAGCAAGGGCAAAAUUAUAAGUGGCAGCAGUGGCAGUCUGCUCUCGUCAGGCUCUCAGGAAUCGGACAGCUCGCAGACAGCUAAGAAGGACAUGCUGGCAGCACUGAGGGCUAGGCAGGACGCUCUGGAGGAAACUCUAAAAAAGAGACUAGAGGAACUGAAGAGUAUCUGCAUCAGAGAGGCGGAGCUGACAGGGAAGCUCCCGAAGGAAUAUCCUCUGGAUCCGGGAGAGGAGCCACCCACAGUCAGACGGAAGAUCGGUACCGCCUUCAAACUGGACGAGCAGAAAAUUCCUCCUAAGGGAGAGGAGGAGGAACUGGAGCGCUUGGAGCGGGAGUUUGCCAUUCAGUCCCAGAUUACAGAGGCAGCCCGGCGCCUUGCCAGCGAUCCUCAUGUGAGCAGCAAGAAACUGAAGAAACAGAGGAAGACGUCUUAUCUGAACGCGCUGAAGAAGCUCCAGGAAAUUGAGAACUCUAUCAAUGACCACCGGGUCCGCUCUGGCAAGAAGCCUACGCUGAGAGCUUCGCUUAUCAUAGAGGAGGCCAAUAUCGGUUCUGAAGACAGUUCAUUGUCUGACGCUCUGGUCUUGGAUGAUGAUGAUCCACACGUUACAGGUACCCCCACCUUCUCUCCAGUAGCAUCGCCUCACAAGGGCCUCCCUCCUCGACCGCCAUCUCACAGUCGGCCCCCUCCACCUCAGUCCCUGGAUGGCCUGCGACACCUGCACUAUUCACGCCCUGACUACGAUAAGUCACCCAUCAAACCCAAGAUAUGGAGUGAGUCGUCACUGGAUGAGCCCUAUGAAAAAGUCAAGAAACGCUCCUCUCAUUCCAGUCACAGGCGUUUCCCAAGCUCUUGCAGUGCAGAAGCAGGGGGUAGUAACUCUCUGCAGAGCAGCCCCAUCAGGAACCUCCCUCACUGGAAUUCUCAGUCCAGCAUGCCCUCAACCCCAGACCUGAAGACCAGGACCCCACACUACGUACAUUCCACUAGGUCAGUGGACAUCAGUCCCACACGUCUGCACAGUCUCGCUCAGCACUUUAGGAACCGCAGCUCGAGCCUUGAGUCCCAGGGCAAACUGUUGCCGCCCGACCCCGGCGCACACCCGCACACCCUGGGCACACUCGGCAGCCCUGACUUCUUCCUGGUCCCAGGACGCAACACCAAUGGCUCUGACCCACUGGAUGACUGCUCAUCCUGCACCAGCCAAAGCAGCUCAGAGCAUUACUACCCAUCUGGUGGACCCCCGAGCAGCAACCCCAACUACUCCACUCUAGGAGAGGACUCACCCUCCAAAGCCAGGCAGAGACAGAGGCAAAGGCACAGGUCAGCAGGUCAGUUGGGUUCCUCUAACUCCGGCUCCAUGCCCAACCUGGCAGCUAAGAACGGUUCUGUUGGAGGCUCGGGAGGAGGUGGGGUGGGAGGGGGACACCACGGAGUCUACCUCCACAGCCAGAGCCAGCCCUCCUCCCAGUACCGCAUCAAGGAGUACCCGCUAUACGUGGAGGGCAGCCCAAACCCUGUGGUGGUGCGCAGCCUGGAGAGCGAUCAGGAGGGCCACUACAGCGUCAAGGCCCAGUUCAAGACCUCCAGCUCCUACACGGCCGGGGGACUGUACAAGGAGGCCUGGGGGGGAGAGGAGGGAGGAGAGGGGAGCGGCCGACUCACGCCGUCGCGCUCUCAGAUCGUAAGGACUCCGUCAUUGGGGCGAGAGGGUGGUGGAAGCGGAGGAGGGGGGAGGGCAGCAGUGUCUGAAGAGCUGCGGUGCUGGUACCAGAGGUCCUCGGGGAGCCUGAAGGAGAGGAGUCACUCACAUUCGGGGUCUACUUCCUCGGAGACGGGGUCACAGCAAGGCACUCUGGGACAUAGUCGAGGAAGUAGAGUAGGGACUCUCGCCAAGGGCUCACCAGCUGCAUCCCCUCACAGCCAGAGGAGUGUGACGCCCUGCAGCGAACAUGCAGCCACACCAACACCCCCCUGUAGCCCACAGCACAUCCUCAACUGGCAGAGCGGGUCUUUCAGUGAUAGCUGUUUUCCCAGCAGCCCCUUGUGUUCAGAGCUGGCAGAUGUGCAGUGGUACGGACGUGAUAAGGCCAAACCUGGAACCCUGGUCUGAGACCUUCCUACCGGGCCCAGAAAAGUCCCAUUGCCCUCUCCUACUGCCUCUCCACUGUCCCUCACUACUACUCAUAGACAACCAACAACCUCAUCCUUAAGGCCCUACAAAAAAACCCUGCCCUGAGCGGACUGGCGGACUGGACAUGAGCCUCCCUCCUUCCUAAAUCCUGCCCUCCAUCCAUCUCCCCACCUCUUAAUUAUACCCCUCUGUCACAGCUCAGCUGGACAGGGACACGCUCGCUGGGCUCUGUUUAGGGCUGGUUUCACAGGACAGACUGAGAAGUGCCACCUCAGCUGUUGAACUGUUGCCCUACAGCACCACAGAGCCCGUUCUUUACUCCCCCUCUGCACACAAGCAAUGGGGCAAGGAGGAAAAACAGCGAUGGGAAGAGAGAGCACAGAAAAAUAUCAAGCAAACAACUCAAACAGAACCAACAUCGGCCGUUCCAGGAUCUGUUUCAUAUCUCGUCGUUGGUCCCCCGACCUAACUAACUCCAGUGCACUGCCACCCGAUCAGAGGAUACCUGCUGGAUUUGAGCCACCAGUUUAAAACCCAUCUCCAGGCCCGAACAAACUGUGUUGGAUUUCAUUAUUCCAUUAAUGUUGUUUGUCUUUUUUGUUUAUUUGUCCCCACAUAUUUAUAAUAACAGAAGAUGACAAAUGACUUUUCAGGAAAAAUCUGGAUUAACAAACGUAUAGAUGACAAAUUGAACUCCUCUCAGUUUAACCCACAACCAAAGACAACUUGGAUCGACUGGUCACACCAGGGUCCCCGGGCUGGUGCCAUACCGUGACAAUAUCAGGAUGGGUUACGGGACUCUAUCUGGGAUAUUGAUGAGGACUAUAGCAAUAACAAACAUUGUACAAUAUGAACUGGUUUGAGUCUACGGAGUGAAUUACAGCAGGCGUGCUGCAGUGGUCUCUGCUCUGCCGUGCUUGGAGUAAACGAUCAUUAGUGUGUCAUCGGUGAAUUGGGAGUUGUGGUUAUUGGGUUUGGCAUUAAUCUAUGCUUAUUUCAGUGACUUCAUUUUGACAAUUACUUGGCUGUAGUUUUGAUAUAGAAACAAGACAUUCUGAUUUCACAUUUUCACCCCCGGGAAGUAAAUGAUUUUUGUCUGUUGACAUCUGUUGGAAUUACUUGUGGUUGAUGUUGAGGCUGUUCAAUGAUAAAUCUCCAUAGUGAACCAUGUUUUCUAUCACGAGUGUCUCUUCCUCUCUGGUGGUCUUGCUUCUAUACCGGUUCUUCUCACCACGCUGAGUCCCCUUUUUGUAGCACUGUGCGUUCUCGUCUUUCUGUCCACCCCUUCAACAUGACAGGAGCAACCCGACUGGACACAGACAGCGUCAACUCAAUGGUGACUAGAACACACACACACACACACUGGCAGUCACAACACAUAUUAUGAACACACAAAACAAGUACAAAUGUGCCAAACAUGUUGGUGCUUUACAUUCGUACUGUAAUUCAGCACUGGAACAGCCCCUCCUUCGAGUCUAAAGCCAUUGUACAGACACUCAGACAAAUAGAGUAGAAGGUAUUCAAAUGUACUUUGAAAAGCACAACAUUAACCGUGUCGAUGAGGGCUGGACCUACAAUUAGGGAAUUUUCAUUUUCCACUUUCAAUAUUUUAGUAAUGAGUUGUAUCAAAGGUAGAAAAGCCAGAACCACGGACAAGGUGUUACACGAUAGUGCUCUUUUUAUUAGUACGAGGACAUCGAGGAGUUUUAAGUUGGACAAUAUUUAAUCCCCACUGUCAGGGCAGAAGAGAAGCCAUAGCCAGAACUGAAACAAACGAUUGUUUAACCCACAUCUCAAUCAACAGUCAGAUAUUCAGAUCAGGGUUAGAAAAGCACACCUGGUUUUGUAAGACGGAAGUAGAACUCUGCAUGUUUUAUUUGUAUCUAAAUCAAUGUCCUUCAUCUCCCCCUAACCAGAGUCAAUCAUUAUUCUUUCAUUGUUGCAAAAAAAGUAAUCUGAACUGGUGUUAAUUCACUGAGAGGAUGACAGAUUCUGCAUCUCAGUGAUAAAGAGAAGUGGACGUAUUGUUUUCAGUCUCACGACACCAGUAUGUCUGGGUGAAUGGUGCAACAUGUUUUAUGUGCAUCUUACCCUGUCCCCCAUAGUGUUGUGUUUCCUUCAUGCACUCACACCAGUUGUUGUAAUCUGCCACGUUCUAGACUGUUUAAAUAAGAAGGUUUAGUCCACUCCCUGCAUGGUUGGUUCUCCAAGAGCUCCCCACCCAUGCCUGGUCAGAUUUGAUCAGUUUUUACCCAGGAUUGGAACCAGCGCUCCCUGGUUACCUUAUUAGAGUGCAAGCUUGACCCUGCUUUACUCACUCAAAGUCUUUACCCGCUGUUAGUGUGCUAAGACACGACCCCAUGCAUGCCCUGCAGAUCCACUGACAAAAAAAACGAACCCAAAGACAUCCAGCACCCGUCCUGUAUACGCUAACAUUAGCACAUCCUGCUCCGUAGUGUGCCCCAUCUCGACCCUGUGGUGAUCUCUGAGCCCGAUGUGAAGAAGUGUGACGUCCCGUCCCCUCUGUAGCUCCAAACACACCAUGUUUUCUGUGCUUCAUAGAGAUGUAUGAGGUUUCUUUUUGUAAUACUCCAAGAGAAAUGAACUAACUCAUUUAUCAGUCUUUUCCUGUAUGUACGGAGGGGCACUGUAAGGUUUUGUGGGGUUUUUAACAUUCACAUUCAUUGUUUUACAAUGUUCCAUUUUAUAUGAACCAGUAUUGUUUUGUUUCUUUAGUUCUGUAAUAAUGCAUUCAGGUGCUACAAAAUGACCAGUUACUGCUUCGUCACGUAGGAUCUCUAGACAUCUUCAUUGUUCUCAAUAGAUUCAGUUUACCAGAUGUGCAAAAUGAAGCUUAUUUUAACAGACAGUUUAAUAGUAGAAGACACUUCCCCAACCAGACAAUAGAGCAUGUAACUUGAUUUUAUCAGUUCUGUUCAACUGUAACAAUACAUUAAAGCUGUUGUAGAAAAAAUGUGGAAUUGAUAAAAAAAAAUAACUGAAUUCCGCAGUUAAUUUAUUCUUUUUUCUAUUAAAAUUUGUAUAGUAACUUUACAUUUUUCAAAACUGUGUUGUUGGAAAUUGAUGAUGAAUUUUCAAGAUGAGAAGCAGUGUUGGUUAUUGAGAGUAAGAAAAAUAAAUUAUUGAUGAAUGUUCUCAAG